AGAAAAACCCCUUUCAGUGUCAUUCAUAAAGACGCCGCCGAGGAGGUUGGGUGCCUGGGAUUUUUUCCUCCGCGCUCAAGAGGAAAACUAUGAACUGAGGCGUCACCCCUGAGCACACUCUCCAGCAGAAUUUGGGCCAGAAUUUGGACGGAUAACGGCAUGAGGACAUCGUCGGCGUUCGCCUGUGCGGUGGUGCUGGGGCUGCUGCUCGCCCCGGGGGGCAGCACGGACGCCGCCGGGACGUUUCAAGGCGGCGCCUUCCCGCAUCCGUACAAAUACUACCACAACCCCAACGAGCCGGACAGGACGCAGCAGCACUUCCCCGCCGUGACCGGACUGGCGUCCCGCGGGGCGAGCCCCGCCGCCGCCGCCGCCGUCGCGGACGAGGUGCUGGAGUCGAGCCAGGAGGCGCUGCACGUCACGGAGCGCCGCUACCUGAAGCUGGACUGGUGCAAGACGCAGCCGCUCAAGCAGACCAUAUACGAGGAGGGCUGCCUGAGCCGGACCAUCAUCAACCGCUUCUGCUACGGCCAGUGCAACUCCUUCUACAUCCCGCGGCACAUUUACCAAGAGGACAGCGUCUUCCAGUCCUGCUCCACCUGCAAGCCCAAGGCGUUCACCACCGUCACCUACACCCUCAUCUGCCCGGGCCGGACGCCCGCGACCAGGAAGAAACGCGUCCAGCGCGUCAAGCAGUGCCGCUGCACCACCAUAGAUAUGGACUAGGUUAUGUAAUCAUGUUAAAAGCCCCGUCAUCAAACAGCGUGCAACAAGGGACGAGGAGAGCGAAGUGAAGGACUUCCGGGUAAACCCUUGUGUGGAUUCGUCCCCGAUGGCCGCUCGGGCCCUCGGCGCGGUGAGUGCGUAAAAGCGCGCAACGCAUCCAGCGUAUCUGGCCACGAAGCCACCCGGCUGUAAAAGCUGGCCGGUGUGUAAUAUCGAUUCAGCCAAACUGCCCACAA